AUGUUUGAACAUGAUGAAGAUAUUAUUGAGUCAUUUCCAUUUGAUGUUCCUCUUAAUCCAUACAAACGGUAUCCUAAGACAUAUGGUUUGAUGUACAAGGAUGGGCAUAUUUAUCGUUUAAAUAUUGUUAAUCAGAAAGUCAUUCCAUUUACAAUCUUUUGUUUAAAACAUUUGAAACGAUUAUAUAUACAAAACACAUGUCUUCAUUGUUGUAAUUGUCAACAAUCCGAUGUGAUCGAAUAUUUUCCAUUAUCAUUAGCGGAAUUGAGUAUCUAUAAUACUAAUAUUACUCAUUUAUCGGAACAGUUAGGUAAAUUAACAAAUUUACAAACAUUAAAAUUAUCCAAUGUUGGUCUUACAACUCUUCCAGAUUCUAUUGAUAAUUUAUCUUUAUUACUUAUGUUAUAUUUACCUUUCAAUAAUAUAACAUCAUUACCAAUCACUAUUAAACAUCUUCGAUCAUUACAACAAAUAACAUUGAAAAAUAAUCCAUAUCUUCGUUCAGUACAACAACUUAAUGGUCUUCAAUCUCUUGCAGUUUUGGAUGCAAGAGGUUGUUCAAUUGAAAGUUUACCUCGUGAUUUACCUCAAUUAAUUUAUCUAUAUAUGUCAAAUAAUAAUUUAAAAAGACUUGAUGGCAUUCAAACAUUAGGUAAUGGAACAAGUAGUGAAAAAUCUUUUUAUUUUGAUAUGAAUUAUAUUGGACUUGUGACACCACGAAUUGAACGUGUUAGGAAUCUUUAUCAACUUGAUCUUAAUGACAAUAAAUUGAUAACUUUACCAUCGGAUUUUUUCGUUAUACGGACGCUUCGUUUUUUAUCCAUUGACGAUAAUUAUUUUGAUGAUCAUGAUUUAAUAAAGCAACUCUUUGUCACAUUUAAGAUUUCAUACAAAUCUAAAUACAAAGCUUUUAUGAAAAAAAUUCAAUAG